AUGAAAUCUGCAAAGUAUUACCGUAUAAUUCUGGACUGCACACAAGAUAUUUCAAAAGUUGAGCAGAUGACAGUUGUGGUACGUUUCGUCCAGGAGACAAGACUCCACGGGGUAUAUGAUGUCCAAAUUUGGGAGCAUUUCCUGGGAUUUCUUCCAGGGCCUGAUUCUUUAUGCUCCACUUUGAUGCAAGUCGUACUCAAGUUCUUGGAAGAUAAAAAAUUCCUAAUGUGCAAUAUGAGAGGGCAAGAAAGAAGCGAGAAAGUACCAUCGCUGAGGUCUCAAGUUGGAGACGUUUUUGAUGCACUGGUUCAGAUAUCAGAAAAAUUCAAUGGCAUGACCGCUCACGAAAUAACGUCACUUGUGCAUCAAAUAAAAAAUUACACCUUUCUCACUUCUCUGGUAAUCUGA